CUCUCUCAGCUUUAGUUCUCUUUCCCAUACUCUGGAAACCUCUCCUCUCUUCCUCUCUCUCUCUCUCUCUCUGUGAUUCUGUGCCGGCCUCUCCGUCUCUGUUUUAGGCUCUGUCCGUUCGGAGCUUGAUGUCAAGUUGCUAGGCGAAUUCUGGCGAUGUGUGCACCAAACUCUGUGCGCGUCUCGGAUUUCGGUUUUGGUUUUGUGAUUUGCUGCUGUGGAUUCUUCAGAGAUGUUUGAUUGGAACGACCAGGAGCUUGCUAAUAUAAUAUGGGGCGAGGGAUGCGAGAGUGAUGACCAUAUUGUGCCUUAUCCCGAGGCAACUGAUGAUUACCGAGACAAGAAGGAACGUAACCAAGAAUCUGAUACCAUCAAGUCUACUGAGCAGAAGGCACCUGGAGCCAAAGUUGAUUUGCAUGGUAGAAAGCCGGAAAGCAGUUCCAACUUCGAGACUGGUGAAGGAAUUUCUAGUUCUAGAUUCGAAACAGACUCAUGGCCUGACUUAUCCUUAUCUAGUUUUGAGAAAACUGAACAACAAUGCAUGGGUACGGAAACCCCCGACAACUUAACUGAUAAUAAUAAUUUAGCUGAAGCAAAUCAACUUGACAAAGCUGCUGAACUUUUUCAAAAUUCCAAUGAAGCUAAAGAACAAUUUGUUGACUAUGGGUGGGCUAAUAUAGGAAGUUUUGAUGAUCUUGAUCAAAUUUUCAGCAAUGAUGACACUAUAUUUAGCCAAGUAAGUCUUGGAAAUGUGGAUGAGCUGUGGUCUUCUAAAGAUGCGACUGAUAGUCCAAUCAAAGCAUUUCCUGUGACUUCAGACUCACCAAGUUCCGGGUCAGGAGCACUGAGGAAUGUGUCAGAGCAUGCGGAAAUUAAAACAGAAAUUGUGCAGCAAGAUGAGCGGGCAAUUUCCCCUGGCUAUGGGAAGACAGAUUUUUCUGCAUCUCAUGGUCUACAGAAUGCCCCUGCAACUCUUGAUCAUGUAGAAUAUGCUGUGGGAAAAAGUAAGCCCACAGAAAAGGAGCAGACAGGGUCGGACUUGGGCAACAGCACUGUAACAAAUUCUUACCAGGCUGCUGUAAAUUCUUCUUCGUCAACUGAAAUAUUUGACAAGGUUUCCAGGCAGAGAAAAUUUUUGAGGUCUCGUAAAAAGUUGGAGGACAAAAAUGAAGGGAAAUCAUUGCAAGAUUUUUAUGGUAGCUGGUCUUCAACAAGAAACCCUUCUGGACAAUUUGAUAACCAGUUGCCAAGCCUUAUGGUUCAAUCUUCUCCCACUUCAGUUCUUGGUCACAAGAGACAGCUUCAAGGACCUGAGUCUUUUCCAUACCAGCCUGUGUCUAAUCAAUUUGUGUCUCAGACUAUGUAUGGGACUCUCACUAAUGCAUGCCAAGCUACACCGGUGCUUUCUCACACUCAGCCUGGGCAGAUUAAACAUCAAAAUUUUCUUUCUGGUUCAGACAUUUCUCCGGGUAGUGCUAGAAACAAGUCAGCAGAUACUUGUGCCAAGCCAACUAUGACUACUCAGGAAAAAAUUGAAAAGUUAAGAAGGCGGCAGCAACUGCAGGCAAUGCUUGCUAUUAGAAAACAACAGCAACAAUUUAGCCAUCAAGUCUCAUGCACCAAUCAGCCUACCACACAAAAGUGUCCCCAAGAAAAUCAAAUUCAGCACUCUGAGAGAGCUGAUCUGGAAGUUGAAGAUUUAAGCACUUUUCCUUCUCUGGACCCAAAUUCACCCAUAGAACAAGAUGAUUCAAAUACAGUUUCUGCAGCAGUUGAAUAUUACUCAGCGGAGGACACAAUACUCUACAGGCUUCAAGAUAUUAUAGCAAAGUUGGACAUCAAAACGAGACUUUGCAUACGGGAUAGCUUGUUGCGGUUAGCUCAAAGUGCAGUGCAAAGGCAUCAUACAAGUGAUACUAGCAGUUCCAACAGAAACAGCAAGGAUGAGCCUGAAAUUGUUGCAAAGGAGGAAAUCGGCGGUUGUAACAGGUACACCAGCAUGCCAGAUGUUGAGACCGAGACCAAUCCUAUAGACCGAACUGUGGCUCAUUUGCUCUUUCAUCGCCCGUUGGAUCUAUCAGGAAAACAUUCUGGUGCACCAGAAUCACCUGCUUCUACUAAGAUGCCAUUUGAACGCAAAACAGCAGGCUUAGCGAGCUUGUCAAACGGAGUAUUGCUCGACAGUUUGAAGAACAAAUCAAACUAUUCUCAUCAAGAAUCUGGAAAUUAUUGCCCAGAUCCUGAGCCCCAGUCUGCGGAUCAGAACUUGCCUUGCAUGAACAAGUCAGAAAACCUAUCGAACAAUGGGUCAGCAGAUGGUGGAACCAUGGAGGUCGAAGCCUCUAAUUGAAUGAAUAUGCAUCGCAGAAUUCUGUAAGGGUAAUGCCUUCCUUUAUCUCUCCAUGUCUGUUAAUAAUUCAAUACGUUUCAUGUACAUGGCUAUACAGAUGUACUGGUAAUGUGGGGACGUUAUGUCAUCGUCAACCAACUAUGAUCUUCAUUUAGUGUGGUCAUGGAGCUCGAACAACACAUUACUGAGGGGGAGUAUCCUACAGCAUAAAGCUGCACUGUAAAAUCAAUUGGAUACAUCCAUGUUUGAAAAAUAUGUUCAGUUUCAGUAUGGUUAGUUAUCUAUGCCAGACUGUUAUUGAUCUGUAUUCUUAACGAUGCUAUUGCAGCCAAUAGCAGCAAUAUUUGUGUACUAUUUUUGUGUAAGACUCGAUCGUUGGAGCCACAUGACAUAUAUCUAGCUAGUAUUGACAGAUUGGCACCUACCAAAUCUGCUAGUUUGACUAGUAUUUGUAUAUUCUUAAGUUCAACUUGAUGCAGAGCGAAAAGUGGCAUCAAUUUAAGACGCA